AAAGUGGCAGCCGAUAGUCAGCUCUCGAACAAAGGGUUGCCCAUAAGUUCCAAAUGUCAAAAAAGUAACCUUAAAAUUUUGACACGAGGUGUUGUGCGUGUCUUUUCCUUUCUUUCUCGCUUUUUACUCGAACAUGGGUAUUAGCCGUGAUAGUUCACACAAGCGCCGCUCCACUGGUGGCAAGCGCAAGUCGCUCCGCAAGAAGCGCAAGUUCGAGUUGGGCCGCCCCGCCGCCAACACCAAGCUUGGCUCCAGCCGCGUGCACUCUGUGCGCACUCGUGGAGGCAACAGCAAACUGCGUGCCCUGCGCCUGGAGAACGGAAACUUUGCCUGGGCCUCUGAGGGUGUUGCUCGCAAGACUCGCAUUGCUGAUGUCGUCUACAAUGCAUCCAACAACGAGCUGGUGCGCACCAAGACCCUGGUGAAGAACAGCAUUGUGGUCAUCGAUGCCACGCCAUUCCGUCAAUGGUACGAAUCCCACUACGUUCUGCCCUUGGGACGCAAGCGCAACCCCAAGCACGCACAGAAGGAGGAUGAGAACGACGUGCUGACCAAGAAGCGCAGCGAAAAGGUCAUGAAGAAGUACCUGGAGCGUCAAAAGUUUGGCAAAGUUGAGCAGGCCUUGGAGGAUCAGUUCACUUCUGGCCGUAUCUUGGCCUGCAUUUCUUCCCGCCCCGGUCAGUGCGGUCGCUCCGACGGCUACAUUCUGGAAGGCAAGGAAUUGGAAUUCUACCUUAAGAAGAUCAAGUCUAAGAAGUAAAUGGCCCUAGAUAAGUUUGCAGGCGAAGCGUUCAUAUGAUCAAUGGACUUGCAAAAAGAAAACAAAAAUAAAAACCGAUUCUUUUGAUAGAA